ACAAAUCUUUAACAGCAACGUAAUGUAAACGAAAUGAGAAGGCGGGAAGUGGCGAGUAAAUGAAAAUUAAAAUAAAAUAAAAUUAACAGUGAACUGAGCGCUCCAGACAGCUUCAAGUCGCUUCCUUGUAAUGUUCAAAAUUAGAAGUUAAUUAAAAAAAAAAAAUAAAAAUAAAUAAAAAUUUCAUUUAUUUAAAUUAAAAUUAAGACUAUAAAUAUAAAUUUUGCAAACAAUAAAAGUGCCAGAGCAAUUAAGCAACAAAAAUUUUAAGGAAAAAAAAACAGCUGACUCUCAACAGCAACAGCGUUGUCAUAGUAGCGACUGCAGUAAUGAGUUAAAUAAAUAAAUUUAAAUGAUUUCAACGACAAUGGAGCACAAACAACGUUAAAACUCCACUUUGGUCAAAUCCACACAGUCAAAACGAAGUCAGAAAGGGCGACUAAAAGCGGUGACCAAAAGAGCAGUGGAAAAAAGGAGUAGAGCAAUUGAGUCGAAAGCGUACACAGCUGUAUGGAAAUUCAAUGAUUAAUUGCGCCCAUUUUGUAAACACCAUGCUCCAACUUUGCACUUUCGGGUUGGAAAAUUUGAAUUUUUGAAAUUCACACAACAUGGCUACAAGCUUAAAUAUUGAAAGAACAUAUUUCAGCAGUUGAUAAAGAACGAAAAAAUCUUGGAAAAACAAUUACGAAAAUUAAAUAGAGAAAGUAAAUUCGACUGCAGCGGAAAAUUAUGCACGAAAGCAAAUAUAAUAAUCGAUGAUAGCAAGAAGAAAAAAGAUAUACUUCAAAAAUAUUAGCAUACCAACUACGAAGAAAAUUUUCAACAACUUUACUUUAAUACAAACAUACUUCUACUAACCACGUCUACCGUAAAAGCUACAAAACGCGCAAAUAAACCACCACCAAAACGCAAGGGAGGAGCAAAAAGAAACAACACAAAACUCAACUAAAUCGCCAAAACCACUAAUUGCAAUUAAAAUUCUCGACAAUUAUUAGAAAUCUACAAUUAAACAAACAGUGAAUUAAAAAAAAAAACAUCCACAAAUCAUUCCAUAGUAAACUUUUACUAAAUACUAUAAAACUCUAGUACUACAUAACCUAACUUUCAAUUAAACCAAAAAAAAAAAACAAAAUAAAAUAAAACAAAAAAAGAAACAAUUUGAUAUAAAAAUCUUUAAAAAUUUAAAAUCCAGUCCAACAAAUAAUUACUUACAUACACGUACAUACAACUAUAUAACUAAAAUACUUACCCUCCCUAACAAUAAACAUACCGUACGAUUUGAAAACUUGAAAAAGAAGAAUUCCAACAAACAGUUUCAAAACAAAAAAAAAAAAAAGCAAAAACAAAAACAUAAACGAUGGAGAGUUCACAGAGUCCACGUGAAACACUGCUGCUCAAUGGGCAUGCUGAAGCCGCCGGUCAUCUAUUGGGUCUCACAAAUGGCGGCAGCAAUAUGCCACAGGUUGGCGGCAUGAAAACCGAUCAUUUUAACGGUGAUGAUUUAUCUUCUAGCAGUUAUAUGUCCAUUCCACAAUUCUAUGCGGGACGUAGUGUAUUCAUAACAGGCGGUACUGGAUUUAUGGGAAAGGUUCUUGUUGAAAAAUUAUUACGUUCAUGUCCAGACAUAAAGAAUAUUUAUCUAUUGAUACGACCAAAGCGUGGACAAGAAGUAUCUGCGCGUCUAAAUGAGCUGCUUAAUGCACCGCUUUUCGAAACAUUGCGAAGAGAGAAACCAAAGGAAUUGAGCAAAGUUAUUCCUAUUUCUGGUGAUAUAACAUCUGAGGAAUUGGGCAUCUGUGAAAAUGAUCAGGCGCUACUCUGUCGCACAGUAUCAAUUGUAUUCCAUUCAGCUGCCACCGUUAAAUUCGACGAAAAGCUCAAAUUAUCUGUCACAAUCAAUAUGCUUGGGACGAAGCGUUUGGUUGAAUUGUGCCAUCGCAUGAUGUCCUUAGAUGCACUUAUACACGUCUCCACUGCCUAUUGCAAUUGCGAUAGAACCGAGGUAUCAGAAGUUAUAUAUGCACCACCCUACAAUCCCGAUGAUAUUAUUUCAAUGAUCAAUUGGCUUCCUGAGGACAUGCUCGAUCAGCUAACACCAACGCUUAUUGGCAAACGCCCUAAUACGUAUACAUUUACGAAAGCCUUAGCGGAGCAUAUGCUACUCAAAGAAGCUGGUAAUCUGCCGGUUGCCAUUGUGCGGCCAUCUAUAGUGAUUGCCAGCUUAAAUGAACCUUUCGCCGGUUGGGUUGAUAAUUUUAAUGGUCCAACUGGUUUGGUUGCCGCUGUCGGUAAAGGUCUAUUCCGUACAAUAAUGUGUGAAAAGAAUUAUGUUGCCGAUAUGGUACCUGUCGAUAUUGUGAUUAAUUUAAUGAUUGCCGCAGCAUGGCGCACAGCGACGAGAAAAACAGAUAAUUUGGCGAUAUAUAAUUGUUGUACCGGUCAACGACAUCCCAUACAAUGGGGUGAAUUUGUUAAAUAUGCAAUGAAACAUGUACGAAAGCAUCCAUUGGAGGGCUGUCUGUGGUAUCCAACGGGUGUGCUACGCAUGAAUCGUCCAUUAAAUGCAGCGCAUGGCUUCCUUGUACACUAUUUACCGGCCUAUAUAUUGGAUAUUGUAGCGCGAUUAAUGGGCAAGAAGCCAUUUAUGGCAAAUAUACAAAAUAAAAUUGCCAAAGCUGUCGGUUGCUUGGAAUAUUUCGCUACACACCAAUGGCGAUUCAAGGAUGACAAUGUGCACGCACUACUCAAUACGCUAAGUCAAAAGGAUCGGGAAACGUUUGUGUUCGAUGUACGCACCAUUGACUGGGAGAACUACGUAGAACGAUAUGUAUUGGGCUACAGGGAAUUCUUAUUUAAGCAACGUCCAGAAUCGCUUCCUGCGUGUCGAAAACGUAUGAUGCGAUUAUACUAUUUGCAUCAGUUGACCAAGGUGGUGGCGGUUAUAUGCACUUGGCGCUUCCUAAUGGCGCAUUCGAAACGUUUGAAUGCUUUGUGGACAGCAUUUUUGCAGAAUGUUUUCAAACUAAUACGAUUAAUACCAUUUUUGUAAUAUACGAAUUGGACGAAGGAGUGCAGCUAGUGCAGUGCAGUAGGGAAAGCAAUAGCAGUAAAGGGCGCGUUACGCGACACACUGUUGGGCUUGUAGAGAGUUGGCAUAAUUGAUUGAAUUAAUUGUAUUUAAUAUUUAAUUCAUACAAAAUACGCAUAUACAUAUAUACAUAUAUAUAUAUAUUAAUAUAAAUAUAUAUUUUUUGUUAUUGUUUUUCUAUAUUUUAAUGGCAGUUAAGUUUAAAUUAACUUAAUUAUAUUAUAUUUUCAUUUAUUAUUUUUGUAUUGUAAUAAAAUUGUAACGAACGAAGCGAAGACAAGGAGGGAGGAAAAAAUUAUAAUAAAAUAAAUAAAAUUAUGUCGAAGGGUUUAUAGUAGCAAUGAGUAUAAAAAAACAAAACAAAACAAAACAAAACCAAUAUUAAGUAAAUAAAUAAAAAA